GUGCGGCGUGACACGCGUGUGGAGGAAGUGCGGGGACAUCUGUAGCGGCUACAGCCUCUUGCUCCACGGAGAACGGCACAAACUGUUCUAAUCAUCUCCGGUGAAAAUGUCGUGGCUGUUCGGCCUGAACAAGGGGCAGCCGGAGCCGCCCCCCGGCCUCCCGGCGCAGCCACCUCCGCCGCCGGCCGGAGGCUCCAGCGGCGGUGGAGAUAAACCCAAGGACAAAUGGAGCAACUUCGAUCCCACCGGGCUGGAACGUGCAGCUCAGGCAGCCAAGGACCUCGACAAGUCCCGUCAUGCCAAAGAGGCUCUGGAUCUGGCUCGUAUGCAGGAACAGAGCACUCAGCUGGAGCAUCAGAGCAAAAUAAAGGAGUACGAAGCAGCAGUUGAACAGCUCAAAGGUGACCAGAUACGAAUCCAAGGUGAGGAGCGGAGGAAAACCCUGAAUGAGGAGACCAAACAGCACCAAGCGAGAGCUCAAUACCAAGAUAAACUGGCCAGACAGAGAUACGAGGACCAACUGAGGCAACAGCAAAUUCUGAAUGAGGAGAACCUUCGCAAACAGGAGGAGUCGGUACAGAAACAGGAGGCCAUGAGAAAAGCAACGAUAGAGCACGAGAUGGAGUUGAGGCACAAAAAUGAGCUUCUACGGAUAGAGGCUGAGUCUAAAGCAAGAGCUCGAGUGGAGAGAGAAAAUGCAGAUAUAAUCCGCGAGCAAAUCCGACUGAAGGCUGCAGAACACAGACAGACAGUCCUGGAGUCCAUAAAGACUGCAGGUGCUGUGUUUGGAGAAGGAUUUAGAGCUUUUGUGUCAGACUGGGACAAAGUCACAGCCACGGUGGCAGGACUGACUCUCCUAGCCGUGGGUGUGUAUUCAGCCCGAAACGCCACAGGAGUAGCAGGACGUUAUAUUGAGGCGAGGCUCGGGAAACCAUCACUGGUGCGGGAGACGUCCCGUUUCACUGUAGGAGAAGCCAUCAAGCAUCCAGUUAAGACAGUCAAACGGCUGAAGAGCAAACCUCAGGACGCACUGGAGGGAGUUGUCCUCAGUCCUACUUUAGAAGAGCGUGUGCGUGAUGUUGCAAUAGCAACAAGAAACACAAGGCAGAACAAUGGCCUCUACAGGAACAUCCUCAUGUACGGCCCUCCAGGAACUGGAAAAACUCUGUUUGCAAAGAAGCUUGCAAUGCAUUCUGGGAUGGAUUAUGCCAUUAUGACCGGUGGUGACGUAGCACCCAUGGGCCGGGACGGUGUGACUGCCAUGCACAAAGUGUUUGACUGGGCAAACACAAGUCGUCGCGGGCUCCUGCUUUUUGUGGAUGAGGCUGAUGCAUUCCUUCGCAAGAGAUCCACUGAGAAGAUUAGUGAAGACCUCAGAGCCACGCUGAAUGCGUUCUUAUAUCGAACAGGAGAACAGAGCAACAAAUUCAUGCUUGUGUUGGCCAGUAACCAACCAGAGCAGUUCGACUGGGCCAUAAAUGACCGAAUAGAUGAAAUAGUGAAUUUUGCUCUGCCGGGUCCUGAUGAGAGGGACAGGCUGGUGCGGUUGUACUUUGAUAAAUAUGUAUUGGAGCCCGCCACCGGAGGGAGGCAGAGGAUGAAGCUGGCACAGUUUGACUACAUUGCAAAGUGCUCUGAGAUUGCAAAGCGGACCGAGGGGAUGUCAGGAAGAGAAAUCUCCAAGCUGGGUGUGGCUUGGCAGGCAGCAGCAUAUUCUUCUGAGGAUGGAGUACUGACAGAAGCUAUGAUUGAUGCUCGAGUUGACGAUGCAGUCAAGCAACACCGUCAGAAGAUGGACUGGCUCCAUGCAGAAGAGGAGGCUCAGGCCAAGACCCUCACACCUCCAAAACCUGAGGGAACCAGUGGAGGCAAAAUGGGUUUUGUUCUGCCCCUGAGUGAGGCUCCUCAGGCUAAGGAUGUGGUCGCUCCAGUUGUCGAAGUGACGCCACCACCACCACCUUCAGCAGAGGUUGCAGCUCCUCAGAUCCAGGAUGUGAUCACUCAAGUUCUUGAGGCGAUGCCACCUCCUUCAGUAGAAGCAGCAGCUCCUCAGGCUCAGGAUGUGGCCACUCCAAUUGCUGAAGUGACACCACCUCCUUCAGUAGAAGUAGAACCUCCUCUGGUUCCGGAUGUGAUCGCUCCAAUUGUUGAGGUAACACCCCCUCCUUCAGAAGAAGCGGUAGCAGCAGCUCCUCUGGUUCAGGAUGUGAUCACUCCAGUUGUUGAGGUAACACCACCUCCUUCAGAAGAAGCAGUAGCAGCAGCAGCAGCUCCUCUGGUUCAGGAUGUGAUCGCUCCAGUUGUCGAGGUAACACCACCUCCUUCAGAAGAAGCAGUAGCAGCAGCAGCAGCUCCUCUGGUUCAGGAUGUGAUCGCUCCAGUUGUCGAGGUAACACCACCUCCUUCAGAAGAAGCAGCAGCAGCAGCUCCUCUGGUUCAGGAUGUGAUCGCUCCAGUUGUUGAGGUAGCACCACCUCCUUCAGAAGAAGCAGUCGCAGCAGCUCCUGUGGCUGAGGAUGUGAUUGCUCCAGUUGUUGAGGUAACACCACCUCCUUCAGAAGAAGCAGUAGCAGCAGCUCCUCUGGUUCAGGAUGUGAUCGCUCCAGUUGUUGAGGUAACACCACCUCCUUCAGAAGAAGCAGCAGCUCCUGUGGCUGAGGAUGUGAUUGCUCCAGUUGUUGAGGUAACACCACCUCUUGCAGUAGAAGUAGAAGCUCCUCUGGCUGAGGAUGUAGCCGCUCCAGUUGUGGAGGUAACGCCACCUCCUUCAGCAGAGGCUCCUCUGGCUGAGGAUGUGGCCGCUCCAGUUGUCGAGGUAACGCCACCUCCUUCAGCAGAGGCUCCUCUGGCUGAGGAUGUGGCCGCUCCAGUUGUCGAGGUAACGCCACCUCCUUCAGCGGAAGCUCCUCUGGCUGAGGAUGUAGCCGCUCCAGUUGUAGAGGUGACACCACCUCCUUCAGCAGAAGCUCCUCUGGCUGAGGAUGUGGCUGCUCCAGUUGUAGAGGUAACGCCACCUCCUUCAGCGGAACCUCCUCUGGCUGAGGAUGUAGUCGCUCCAGUUAUUGAGGUAACGCCACCUCCUUCAGCGGAGGUUCCUCUGGCUGAGGAUGUAGCCGCUCCAGUUGUGGAGGUGACACCACCUCCUUCAGCAGAAGCUCCUCUGGCUGAGGAUGUGGCUGCUCCAGUUGUUGAGGUAACGCCACCUCCUUCAGCAGAGGCUCCUCUGGCUGAGGAUGUGGCUGCUCCAGUUGUCGAGGUAACGCCACCUCCUUCAGUGGAAGCUCCUCUGGCUGAGGAUGUAGCCGCUCCAGUUGUGGAGGUGACACCACCUCCUUCAGCAGAGGUCAAAUGUACUCUAUCAGAUGGACUAGACAGUGACAACACUGUCAAAGCUGAACCUGCGUCAGAGACGGAGCAUUUAGCCCAGCCUGCUGCCUCUGCUGAGACUGAGGCCAAGAUGAAAAAGGAAGAUAAAACUGUAUCUCCUCCAAAGGACGGAACUCCAGUUUGAUUUGCACAGUGGAACCGCCUGUAUCGGAACGAUCUGUGUGCUGCUCCUUUAACAAGUCUGUCAGUAUAUGUCUAAGAGUCUGUUUGUUGGACUGUCUUAGUGACAGAUGAUGAUUUCAGAGAACUGUGGGAGAUGAUUAAAUCAAAAACAAAGUUUACCUGAGACUCUGAUUCUAAUAACAUAAUGUAGAAGUGUACUUUAAACGGGAACCAGACACUGUCUGUAAUUACACUAUAUAAAUGUUGUCCACUGUGAAGAGCAUCUGUAAAAGGAUUAAAUUCAUCUGUUUUUAUAAACAGUAAAGAUUGUGAUGUUUCUUACAAGCCCUGA